CUUAUACCUAGAAAAAUCCAGGUUAUUUCAUUAACAAUAAUCACUGCCUUCGGGUCGUCUGGUGGAGCGAUUUUCCCAUUCAUAGUCGGUUUAAUCUCUCAGAGUGCUGGUACCUACGUUGUUAUGCCAGCUUUUAUUGGACUAUACUGCGGUAUGCUUAGUCUUUGGAUUGCCUUGCCUAAUACUGAAAGAUCUAUAGAAUCAACUAGUAAUAUUAGCAAGUGGACAAAAAUUUGGAGAAGAAUUUGGUAA